AUAGUGCAUAUAUUUAAAAUAUUUCUAUAUUUAAUUAAUAAUUAGUAAAUAGCGUUUAUAGUUUUAUAAAAAUAUAACCUAAAUAAUUCAAUUUUAUGAUUUUUAUUCCGCACUUUAUACUCUGAAGCAGAUUUAAGUUUUUUUUUUAAAAACCCUCUGAUUUAUAACGUUGUUUUACAAUCAAAAAACGUUAAGCUUCCUGGCUGUUUUCAUGGUGACUCGUGAAAUCUGUGACCCAUAGACAUUGUCUUCAAGUUGUUUCUGUGAGCGAGCGUUAACUCUGGGUAUCUUUCGGGAGAUUGAUUAAACUAACUCAGGUGUUUUGGAACAGACAUACCCCGAAUAAGCAAGGUUUGGGUUAAUCAACGAGAGUUCAGGGUUUAGCUGACGGUAAAUUAACCCUGCUCUCUGGGAUACACCCAGGUGCAAUGUAAAUAAUUAUUAAAUCUAUGGAUUUUUUUUGUUCAAUUAUUGUUAUAUCUAAGGUUAAAUGAUUGUGUUUUUUUUCCAUUUGCAGAUAUUACCAAAAUCGUCAUACAGUAAUUCUAAGUUAUUGUUACACUGUAAAACGUUGCUGUAGUUUUGCUGCAGGACGGCCUAACUUACUGUAGAUUUUAUUUGCAAUUGUGUUUUAAACAUAAACUUAUCACAAACAUAAACCCUAUAUCUCAUAUUUUCUUUCACGAAACAAGACAAAAUAUCUUAGGUCACUUUUUUUGUCAUUUAUUUUAUUACUAGUAAAAAACAAGACAAAAUUGCUUUGAAGUGCUACUGUGCUAAUGCCAGGCUCUUCUUGCUCAUUUUGAAUCUCAAAAGUCAAAGUGUUCUAAUUUUGGUUAAAGUAAAGUUUAACUCAAAUUGAAAAUGGUACUAAUAGGAGAGUAAUUCAAUAUACAGUAAGUUACUGGCAAACCUGCAGCAAAUCUACGGCAAAGCUUUACAGUGUAGCUAUUGUAAGUUUAGUUAGGCUGAUACUUUAUAUUUAUAUACUAGGUCAUUUGUAUUUAUAUAUUAUACUUUUACAUAUUUAUUUAUAUAGUAAUUGGAAUUCCUAACCUCACCUAUUCCAAAAGUUUUAUUUGAAAGCCCUUAUGUUCUGACCAUGACAAAUGAACAAACCUGAUCUUCACUCUUUGUUUUGUACAUCAAAGUGAGGCAGUGUUUCUCAUACUGAUAAAUGAUCUACAAGCAAUAUUGAUCGUAAUUGAAAUCCCGUUUAUAUGUGACCUGAACACCCUGAAAAUGUUUUGUUCAUGGUCAGUUCAAGUUACAGUAAUAUUACUUUCAAAGACUCAAUUCGUUUUGGUUUUUAAAAUUAGAUGGUUACAAUUUGGUGUACAUAAAAGUGUUUACAAAAGGGGAGUACUCCAACAUAUCACAAGGAGUACAGAUUUACCUCAAUGUUAUAAAAUAUGAGAGUCAAAUUGAAUUUGUCAUUACUUUGAUGCUAUUUAUUCUCACAUUGUCGCAGAGGCAUAUGAGUUCAACAAUUUGUUUUGCAGGGAAUCAUUUCAUUUGGCUUUCACACACUUGUACAGCAGGCAUGGGGUAAUUGUUUUCCCAUUCCAGCAGGUUCUUUUGAACAUUUUGUUUGACCAUUCAGGGACAUUCAGAGAAGUUGCAUCCCAUUGUGUUUUAAAUCUUUGUGGUAUUGUACAUUGGGACUCUUUGUCCCAAUAAAGUACAACGAGGUUUUGGAUGUAUGCCUGUGGUCACCCCAUUGCCCUCCAGCUCACUCAGUGAAGAUCAUUCCCUGUGACAUACAGCUUUUUUCCAUAUGUAGCAAUGCGAAUGCAUAGUAAAUAUUAUCAAGACACAAAUCAACCAGAGGUAAGGGUUUUCUUCUUAUUUGUUUUCUGUUUUCAUAGUUAUAACUUAGGAAUUUAGAAAUGACUUGCGAGAUAUUUUAACAACACAAAAUAUCACAAAAUAACAUAUUCACAAUGAUAAAUGAAAAGUUUCCAUAUUUAUUAUAUUUUAGAUGGUAACAUGUUAGAAUAUCUUGCUAUUCUUCCACUGUCUUCUGCAGAUAAAAAUAUGGGGGACUGGUCUAUUCUAGGCCGCUUUCUAACAGAGGUUCAGAAUCACUCGACGGUCAUUGGUAAGAUUUGGCUGACGGUGCUCUUGAUCUUUCGCAUACUGUUGGUGACGCUGGUUGGGGAUGCCGUGUACAGCGAUGAACAAUCCAAGUUCACCUGCAAUACGCUGCAGCCGGGCUGCAACAAUGUCUGCUACGACACGUUCGCUCCCGUCUCCCACCUGCGCUUCUGGGUCUUCCAAAUUGUGCUCGUCUCAACACCAUCCAUCUUCUACGUUGUAUACGUCUUGAACAAGGUCACCAAAGAUGAGAAGUUGGAAACGGAGAAGGUGCCGGCAGACACCCAGUGCUCAGUAAGGCCCAAUCCUGAGUCAGCAUAUAGGCCUGAGGGAGAAGACUGGGGUGUCCAGGAUGAGGGGAGUGUGGAACAAAGCCUGGUGCAGGAAGAUUUCGGUGAGGUUGCCAAAGACCCGACCACGCUCUCCAGUCAAGUUCUACUCAUCUACAUUGUUCACGUGCUGAUUCGUUCUGUUCUAGAGAUCACCUUUCUGGUAGGUCAGUAUUACCUGUUUGGAUUUGAGGUGCCUCAUUUGUUCCGCUGCAAAACAUACCCCUGUCCAACUGAAACUGACUGUUUUGUGUCCCGUGCCACUGAAAAGACCAUCUUCCUUAAUUUUAUGUUCAGCAUCAGUCUGGGUUGUUUCCUCUUAAACAUUGUGGAGCUCCACUACCUCGGCUGGAUCUACGUGUUCCGCAUGCUUUGCGCCGCCUGCUUUCUGUGCUGCAGGACGGAGAGGGAACCGUACCCUCAGCACAAACCUUUGCUGCUGAAGCUCAGACACUCAAUACGAGGCGGAUUGUUUCUGCAGACCCCUGCAACAGCCUCAUCUCAGAAGACAGGGACAGCUUUGCUUUCGCACGCUCCUGCCAUCGCUUUUGAGACUGACUCAACUUUGGAGUGCUUGCCAAAGAGAAACUCAGAGGAACGGGAGCGCAUACGGCUAAAACAGGCCAACAUGGCUAGAUGUAUUGGCAAGAAGUCUUGGCUGUAAUGUGUAAUAAUGUUCUUUUUAUUUUUGAUUAUGAGGUCAUUCUACAUUUACUCUCUCGUCAAUUGAUCACAGUUGUUUUGUUGGUAGAUUUGUUUGCUUCAUAAUCAUUUUAAGCAAUUUGCAUUUACCAUGAAAAUAAAUAUUAUAUUUAUUCAGUAUAAUUAUUAUGUAUGAUUAUACAAUAUAUAUAUAUAUAUAAUAUAUAUGUAUUGCAUCAUGAAUGCCUAAUUUUCUAUCUACUUGAUCUAUUGAUAUUAUGCUAAUGUUUUUUCUUCUUCAAAAUAAUCGACCCCCAUUGUAAAUUAAAAGAGGGUAAAAUGAAUGAAUAAAUAAAUAAAUGGCAGGAAAAUGGUUCAUCUAUCCUUAUAACACUGAAUUAAUAUUUUCUGCAUUGCAUAUUAAGAUGGCACAGUUAUUUCAGUUUUCUUUGCAAAAGGGCUCUGCAGAAUCUGUAUAAUCUAAAGAAGUUUCCUUCAAGAUUAUAAUGCACGUUUUUCUUUCUGAGAAAUUGUAAAUGAAAUGCAUGAAGUUCUAGUGGUAUUGAAAUUAAUACUAUCAGUUAUUAUAGU